ACUACUGACGGAGUUUUCCUGUUCGUGAUUGCAGGCGGAAGGUUAAACAGUAUUUUUUAACGUAAAAAGUUCUUGGUCUUUAAAUAAAUUGUGAAAGUACUGAAUUUAUAUAAAAAAUGGCUUCUGGUGUCACCGUUUCUGAUGUUUGCAAAACAACAUACGAGGAAAUAAAAAAGGAUAAGAAACAUCGCUAUGUCAUUUUCUAUAUUCGCGAUGAAAAGCAAAUUGAUGUUGAAACUGUUGGAGAUCGUAACGCUGAAUACGACCAAUUUCUAGAAGACAUCCAGAAGUGCGGUCCAGGAGAAUGCCGAUAUGGAUUAUUUGAUUUUGAAUACAUGCACCAAUGUCAAGGCACUUCAGAAAGUUCAAAGAAGCAAAAACUGUUCCUCAUGUCAUGGUGUCCCGAUACCGCGAAGGUUAAGAAGAAGAUGUUGUACUCCAGCUCUUUCGAUGCUUUGAAGAAAUCUCUUGUGGGAGUCCAGAAAUACAUACAAGCAACUGAUUUGUCAGAGGCCUCCCGUGAAGCCGUCGAGGAGAAGCUUCGAGCUACUGAUCGCCAAUGAACUAUUUGAGAAUAAGUAUAUUACUCACAGUGCAUUGCAUUUAAUAAACAAAGCAUGCAUAAAACAGCGAUAAAACAUUUGUAUCCUGUGCAGAUCGCCAAUUUGUAUGAGAAUUUUCUACAUAAUUUGUAUUUUCAGUAGAAAUAAACAAAAUGAAUUAAAAUACGAA